GGGUUGGGUUGACUCGAGAGAGAGAGAGCAAAAGUCAGGGAGAGAAAGUUUAAAAGAGAGAUAGAGAUACCUCGAUCAUCUUCGCAUCUCAACCUCUCUUCCAUACAGACAUACGCCUCGCAACCAUGUCCACCUUCGGUCACCUCUACCGUGUUCACACCUAUGGCGAAUCCCACUGCCGAUCGGUCGGUGCCAUCAUCGACGGCGUGCCUCCCGGCCUCCGCUUGACCAACGAGGACAUUCAGACUCAGUUGUCGAGAAGACGACCUGGACAGAGCGAUUUGACCACUGCUCGAAACGAGUAUGACACGGUCGAGAUUCAAUCCGGAACCGAGCACGGAGUCACUCUCGGAACACCCAUCGGUCUCCGGGUCAUGAACAAGGAUCAACGUCCUCACGACUAUGCCGAGACCGACCUCUACCCCCGCCCUUCUCACGCCGACUACACCUACCUCGCCAAGUACGGCGUCAAGGCUUCUUCCGGCGGUGGAAGGUCUUCGGCGAGGGAGACGAUCGGACGGGUCGCCGCCGGUGCGAUCGCCGAAAAGUACUUGAAGGAAGCCUACGGUGUCGAGAUCGUCGCUUUUGUCACGAGCGUGGGCAAGGUCAAGAUCCCCUUUGUCGAAGCGGACGAAGAGGAAGGUCCCCUCGGCAAGGAAUACGUCGAGCUAAUCAACAAGGUUACUCGGGCCGACGUCGACGCUCAGCUCUCAAGGUGUCCUCACGUGGAGACGAGCGAGCGUAUGGAGGAAGCCAUCCGAAAGGCCAAGUCUCAAGACGAUUCUCUCGGAGGUACCAUCACCUGCGUGAUCCGUCGCGUGCCACACGGGCUGGGCGAACCUUGUUUCGACAAGCUUGAGGCUUCCCUCGCCCACGCCAUGCUCUCCAUCCCCUCGACGAAAGGGUUCGAGAUCGGUAGUGGAUUCAGGGGGACCGAGGUACCGGGAAGCAAGCACAACGACAUGUUCAUUGAGCGUGAGGAUGGGACUUUGGGAACGGCGACCAACUGGAGCGGUGGGAUUCAGGGUGGAAUCACCAAUGGCGAGGACGUCUACUUCAGGAUCGGGUUCAAGCCCCCCGCGACGAUCGCACAGGAGCAGAGCACCGUCAAGUACGACGGGUCCGAGGGAGUCCUCGCCGCCAAGGGUCGUCAUGAUCCUUGCGUCUUGCCCCGUGCCGUACCUAUCGUAGAGACCAUGGCCGCUAUCGUCCUCAUGGAUGCCGUCCUCGCUCAGAACGCCAGGACCGCGGCUGCCGCCCUCUUGCCUCCUCUCACCCACUUGCCGCCGACUAUGGUCAUUCCGGGUAAAAAGACGGUCCAGGCCAUCGAACGUGGCGAGAAGGUCGGGCUCAUCGGGGAAGAUGGCGAGGCGCCCGUUCUAAAGGGACAAGAGGCCGAAAAGGCCGUCGUCGGGAACAACAAGUCUGGGGACGAGUAGCGAGGGGCGAGCGAGCAUGCAGGACGGUCCGAAGCUUGUAGUCCCUUCAGGAUAUCAUCGUAGCACCUUGAUAUGAUAUAGAUUUCAUACCUGCUUCUUCCCUGUUGUCGAAUACGCGAGAGGUGUACGAUCGAUCAGUCUGGCGAAUGAUGGGUUUGAAGCCGACUGUAACA